AAAGGAAGGGCAGAAGCACAACUCCGGUGGCCCGAUCCCGGUGUUCGACUCAACUCAAGCCUUCGCUCUGACACCCCGACUCCCCUAAACCCAUCCUGUGCCCGCCGUCGCCGCAGCCUUCGUCCUCCUCCCCAUCCCCGCAUCCGAAUCACGCACGCCACCCCAGCCAUGGCCACCUCCAGCGACGGCGGGGGCGACCAGCGGCGCCUCCUCUCCAUCCCCAAGGAAGGCGAGCGCAUCAUCGCGCCCACGCGCCGCCCCGACGGCACGCUCCGCAAGGCCAUCCGCAUCCGCGCCGGCUACGUGCCCCAGGAGGAGGUCGCCAUCUACCAGUCCAAGGGCGCCCUAAUGAGGAAGUCAGGGCCCGACGUGCCGCCGGGGUACGACCCGGCACUAGUGGCCGAUGCCAAACCCAAGACGAAGGCGGCCAAGCGGAACGAGCGAAGGAAGGAGAAACGGCAGCAGCAGGCCAGUUCGGCAAAUGAUAAAGGAAAGAGUACGGAUAUAGAGGAAACUGAUGCUGGAGAAACUGACAAGGCUCUUUCUUCCAAAGCGGAUAAGCAGAAGGAUUCAGUGGAAAGUGUAACAAAGCAGAUAAGUAGCAUUGCUAUUUCUGAGUCACAUGCAACGCCGUCCACAAAUAGUACAAACAAUUCACAACCGGAAUCAUCUGCUCCAGAUAUAGAUAAGAAAAUUCGUGCACUGAAGAAGAAGAUACGGUUAGCUGAAGCACAACUACAAGGUGACCCUGAAAAAUUGAAAUCUGACACGCUGGAAAAGAUGAAAAAGAUUGAUGGAUGGCGUAUGGAGCUGAAGCUUUUGGAGGACAAGAGAGCACCUGAGGCCUAGACAAAAUCGACUUCGGCUCUGAUGUAGAGUAGAGCCAUCGCGACCACACCAGGGUGCUGAUCCAAAUUCCAAGGUGCACUGAAUUACCAUAGGCUUCUCCAUUACCUGUGUUGGUUACUGGAAAAGAAGUCUGGUAGAUGUGGGUUUGCGCAGAAGGAUGGAGGUGUUUUCACCGCACAUUUGUUAUCUCAUGUUCACCAAGUUUCAAGAUUUGUACCGCAAGACCCAUUUGUCAGAAAGACCACACAGUGAGAUAAUUCAACCGAUUAUUGUGACAGUGUGGUUUAACUUCAGUAUACUAUGCUAAUUCUGGGAAUCUCU